AUGGCGGAGCCCAGGGUGAAGGCCCUCGUGACGCCGCUGGCGCUGCCCGACGGCCCGGGCUUCUUCGCGCCCAGCGAAAACUCCCUGCGGCGGCGCGGCGAUGCGGGCCUGGACCCGCAGGCCUCGCCCGGCACGGUGCGGUCGCUGGAAUCUGCGUCGUCCAGCGUCGAGGACUUCGUGCGCGAGAGCCUGGCCAGCCUGGAGGAGCGGCUGGAGGGCGUGCUGGACUGCAUGUCCGAGGAGCUGAGUGGGGAGGUGUCGCGCGAGCGGCAGCACCUGCUGCUGAUGCAGGAGCAGGUGGACAAGCAGGGGCGGAUGCUGCAGCACGAGUUCGGGGAGAUUCACAAGGCGAUCGAGCAGGAGCGAACGGCGAGGGCGCUAGUGCAGCAGGGCGCGCGGGAGCGCGGCGACAAGAUCUCGGCCAACCUGUCGGCGAUCGCAAGGGAGCUGGAGGAGAUGCGGACGCUGGUGAGCCGCGUGGCGGUGGCGGAGAGCAGCGAGGGGUGGCUGACCCGGCUGGCCAACAGCGUCUGGCUCCUCUUCCGCCAGUGCACCGCCGACAGGUCGUACACAUCCCUGCCCUCGUCGUGA